CUCACAGAUGAAUGAGUCUUUACCUUUAACAGCCGGAUUUUGUCUAUCCACAUCGGUCUUGAAUAUCUUAAUGUCUUACCAGCCGACAAUAUACUCAUUGCCUUCUCCUGAAAUUUAUUCGAGUACGGAAACAGAAUAAAGAGGUGUCCUAUCUUGCUGCGUUCCGGACUCAGUCCUACCAACAAAAUCUUCCAAGGAGGGGUACCAAAGGAAACAUUGAAGCUCACAGCGGUCUGUCAUUCACCAUGGCCGAGCUUCAAGCACGCCUUCAGGCGCUCUCGGAGGAAUACACAAAAUUGCAAUUAGAAUUGCAAAACUCGGUACAAGCGAGGCAAAAGCUUGAGGCUCAGAGACAGGAAAACCUCGGGGUGGAGCAAGAAUUCAAGAACCUCAAGGAUGGCGAACGCAUAUACAAGCUGGUCGGCAGCGUCCUCUUGGAGCAGGACAGGGCCGAGGCUGAGAGCACGGUCAAGGGACGAUUAGAGUUUAUCACCAAGGAAAUUGAGAGGCACGAAGCUACUCUGAAUGAGAUCCAGGAGAAGCUUGACAAGAAGAAGGCAGAGAUCAUCCAGGCACAAUCUGCAGCA